UGAGGAGGCAGAAGCCUGAGCUGGUCGCUCCAGCAAAGGCCACACCUCAUGAGUGCAAACUGCUUUCUGACAUCGAUGAUCAGGAAGGUCUUCGGUUUCAGAUCCCAGUCAUACAGUUCUAUGGGAAUAUAGGAACGGGAGGAAGAGGCAGAGACCCCGUGAAGGUCAUCAGAGAAGCUCUUGCCAAAACCCUCGUUUUCUACUACCCAUUUGCUGGUCGUCUUAGGGAAGGUCCUGCCCGGAAGCUUAUGAGCUUAAUGGUGAAUAAGUGGGAGUGCAAUUCAGAGUUCCACCAACACCUGUCCUGGACUCGACCAGACUUCAAACAAUUAAUGGGUCCGUCCAAGCCAAGAAACGGGAAACACAUGAAAAUUGGUAGGGACUGGGGACUGGGGACUGGGGACUAG